AUGGAGCUGGCCAUGCCACCAACCGAGGUCAAGGGUUUUGAGCAGAUGCCAAUGCACGUGCAAGUUGGAAGCCUGGGCCAACAAGUGUCUAUGCAACCACUCUCGCAGCCGCAGCAGCAACUGCAGCAGCAGCUGCAGCAACAACUGUUGAACCAGAAGAACCAGCAAGCCAUCCAGACCCUCUUGCUGCAGCAGUCCCUUGGCCAAGUGCCGCCGACCCAACCGCAAGCAUCGCAGCCCCAGCAGGCUCCCUUGCCAAACUUGCUCACGGGGCGGAUGAUGGAUCCAACGUUGGCCAUGAAGUCCACUCCGAGUGCCUCGAGCAUGGCGGCUGUCCCUGGCAUGCCUCUCUGCCCAUGGAUCUAUCCUCUGGACCAGUGCAUCGGCAGCGUCGGCAGCGUGGGCAAUGUCGGCAACGUGGGCAACACCCUCCUGCCGAGCUGCUGGGCGGUGAAUGCGGUGAACGCGGUGAACGCGGUGGGUCCUCCGGUGAUGCCACCCAUGCCUGGCACGGCCCCCAUGCCGGUCAUGGGCGCAUCACUGGGCCAGCACUGUGGGCGCGUGGAUGAGCGGGACUGGUCAGUUGUGGAGAAUUCUUCAUCAAGCUCCCUGAGCUCGCUGUCGCGCGAUGAUUUUGAGGACAUAACUCCAGGGGCUGGCGGCGUGCUCUGCGGACAGACCUUUUGCCAGGCGGACGCAGUGAAACGCUUUCACUGGGUUCCGCCCAAAGGCUGGGAUGGCCAUGCUCGCGCGCUGGAAAUCUCAGCCCGAAAUAUCCUCGAUUGGGACGGCAGCCACCCUAUAAGUCCACCGGGAGGCCGUCCAUGGCUGCUGCCCUGCAGCGAUGACAUGGCACUGAGGAUUGCGAGGCUUCGAAAGCCCCUCCACGCUGCGGGCUGGAAGGUGAUCACCUCCCGGCCACACGUCAUCGAGGGCCUGGGCGACAAGGCCAAGCUUCCGGGCUACGCAGCCAAAAUUGGAAAGCUGGACUUCCUUCCGCGACACUUCGAGAAUCCCCAGGAAGCAAGGUAUCCCUGCAUCUUGAAGCCGUCGCAGGGCGAGUUUGGAAGGAAUUCAUUCAUCUGCCGCUCAUGGCAGGAAGUGUACCAGCAUGCCCCAGAUUUCCGAGCGGGCAUGGGCGCGGCCGGCGUUUGGGUUUUACAAGAGCUGGUGCCCGGAGACGUGGAGCUCUCCGUGUCCAUGCUGGUCUCCAGGGGGCAAAUUCUGGACAUCCUCGGCAUGCGAUACUCCUACGACCGGGAGAUCUACAUCUGGCCGGCAGUCACCGAGCUGGGCAAGGACGUCUUCGAAGUCCCACUCCACCACGUCGACGUCCUGGCGGCGUUCGUUCACGAAUAUGAUGGCAUCUUGAACUUUAACUACAAGAUCCGACCAGAUGGGAGGAUCUGCAUCUUCGAAGUGAACACCCGCAUCGGUGCCGAUCUGGCCUGCGAUGCCCCGAGGGGUCGUGCUCGGCAGCUGUUCAUGCUGCUGGAGCCCCCGUCUAGGAUGAACAUCCGACUCGUGAUGAAGGGCUUUCCACAGCAGAACGAGAGCCGAGUUAGCCAACCGGCCGCCGAUGUCCCUGAGAUGGUGAUACCUCAGGCAGAGAAUGCGCGUAUCGCUCUUCGAAGCAAGAAUCUCUUCCUCAUCUCUUCCCUUCCUCCCGUGAUUUUUGCCAGGGCAAGAAACGAAGCGGGCGCGGUAAGGGCAAGAAGGAUCCCCGCAUAUCCCCGCAUGUCGUGCAUUUGCUUUCAAAAGCUUCGCUUCUUCUGGGAGGACCACUUCGACGGCCUCAGCGCUCCCGUGGCCGUAGGCGAGCUGCUCGGCAACGCCGCUGUGUUGGACGCUCUGGCAGAGGUUCGACGAGAUGGGGCAAAAAGCGCAGUCCUGCUGCGAGAUGUGCUCUCCCAUGUUGCGGAGCUGGCCCAAGAUCCAGAAGGGAGCCGCUUCCUCCAGGCGAAGUUGGAGACGGCCAAUACCGCCGAGCGCCGGGAGGUCUUCGAAGCGCUGCUCCCGAAGAUGGAGAUGCUCACCGGAGACUCGUCUGGCAGCGCAGUUGUGCAGAAGUUGCUCGACAUCUGCACCCCGGACCAGCGCAGGGCCAUCGUGGAGAAGUUUCGGCAGUCGGUUGUCAAGCUCUCCUUGAAGAUGCACGGCUGCCGUGUCAUUCAGAAGGCCUUUCAGGUCUGCCCACCGGAGCUCCAGUCCAUGCUUGCCGGGGAGUUGAAGCACGGAGUAAUUGAUUGCAUCAAGAGCAUGCACGGGAACCACGUGGUCCAGAAAUGCAUCGAGCAGAUGCCGCCCGAGUCUGUGUCGUUUGUUGUGGAAGCCGUCGAGGACAAGGCCGAGACCAUGGCGGCUCACAUCUACGGUUGCAGAAUUAUCCAGCGCUUGCUGGAGCACUGCACUCCGAAGCGCCUGGAGAAGAUGCUUCAACAGAUCCUUCGGAGCAUUACGAAGCUGUCCACGGAUCCCUACGGCAACUAUGUCAUUCGCCACAUUCUUGAACAUGGCAACCCCGAGCACAAGAGGAGCAUCGUGAACGAGGUGUGUGGUCACGUGCUUGAGCUUGGCAAGGAUAAGCAUGCCAGCAAUGUGGUGGAGAAGUGCUUCGAGGCCUCCACGACCGGAGAGCACGCGGCCUGUUUGAAGGAGGAGCGCCAGCGCCUGAUCUGUGCCGUCCUGGGGCCUGCGCCCAAGGAUCCCUCAGAUCGAAGCUCACCACUGGCGCAGCUCAUGGAUGACAGGUUCGGCAAGUAUGUGGCGAACAGCUUGGUGGAGUACAGUCGGGGACCCGAGGAGAUGAAGGUCCUCUACAGCCGCAUUGCGUCCUCUCCAGGGAAGAAGGCGGCCAUCACGUCGCUGUUGGAGAUGUUGGAGAGGCAGCUUCAGCAGGCUCAGCUUCAGCAGCAUCAGUUUGCUCAGCGGCAGACUCUGAUGCAGCUCCAGCUGCGGAAGGUGGUGUACCGUACGGUGUACCUUCCCUGUGAGCGCGCGCUGUGCACUGCAACGAAGAAGGGAGAGCCGUUGAUUAAAGGCGCAGUCGGCUCCGGCUGGGAGCUGAGAGGACGCGCCUCUGACAUGUCGGAGCCAGUAUCCCGCCAGAUCUUCGGAUCGUGUACAAACUUGGCAAGUGCUGCAAGUAUUAGAAGCGCUGUGGAAGCUGCCCUGAUGCUUUCACUCCAGCACUUAGCCAACUGCGACAUAGUGACAUCGUCUGUAAAGACAAAGGUGACUAGAGACUCAGACUUUGAAGCCCUCUAUUUGCCUCUACUUCUAUGGUUCUAUCCCCAGGCAAACAAUCCUGUCACUGAUGACAUUCAGACCCGCCAGUAUCGAUCUCCCGAGGUCAUCAUAGGGGCCAAGUGGGAUGAAACUGCGGACGUCUGGAGUGCCGCGUGCAUGUUCUUUGAGCUCGCAACGGGCGACUACCUCUUCGACCCAAAGAAGGGGGAUGACUGGAAUCGAGAGGAAGACCACCUUGCCCUCGUGGCUGAGCUGCUCGGGGAUUUGCCGCCGAAGGAGUUCGCGCUGUCUGGGAGAUAUUCCAAGGACUUUUUCACCAAUGCGGCAAAACUCAAGCACAUCAAGAAGCUGAAGAUGUGGCCUUUGGAGGAAGUCCUCCGAGAGAAGUACCGCUGGGAGGAGGCGGAAGCUGCAGAGAUGGCGAGCUUCCUGCUGCCGAUGCUCUCCUGGCAGCCAGUGCAGCGACAGCCCGCAGCCGAGGCCUUGUCGCAUGUUUGGGUGCAGCUGCGGGAGGGUGAGACGGACGAUCUACCUGCCGCCGGCCUGGCGUGA